AUGGAGAAAACACAAGAACCAACCGAUGCGCCACAGGAUCAAAAUGUUCCCGCCUCUAAAACCGUGGAGACAUCUUCUGGUUCCACCGUCGUAAAGCUAACGAAACGGGCGGCGAUCACGCAGAUUUUGUUAGCCGUUGUGGCUAACAUCACGAUCAUUUCAUCCGGUAUGGGCAUUGGCUUUCCGUCGAUCGCAAUGAUUGAGUUGACGAACUCCACUACAUCCGUGGUGCUGUCCGAGUCCGAAGCAACGUGGUUUGCUGCGAUCACCUCGAUCAUGUGUCCUUUCGGGGGUUUGCUUUCCGGUUACCUUUUGGAUAAGAUCGGUAGGAAGAAAGCGCUCUACAGCAUCAACAUCCUUUCGAUCAUCUCCUGGGCUAUCAUGUCAUUUGCAAGUCGCACGGAUCCUGACAUUCUUUUUAUAGAGUUGAUGGUUGCACGUGUUAUUAUCGGUCUCGCCAUCGGAUUGUCCAGCACCCCUGCCUCGGUUUAUGCUGCCGAAGUGGGGCAUCCAAAUCUGAGAGGCCGUCUGACGCUGCUAACUGCAGGUUUCACCGGUAUCGGGAUGUUGAUCGUUUACUCGCUUGGCUACAUGUUCAAGGACGAUUGGCGCUACGUCUGCACGAUCUGUGGGGCCUUCACCAUAGUUUCGAUGCUCACCGUCAUUCCCCUGCCCGAAUCGCCCAGCUGGCUGGUGGGUAAAAAGCGGUUACCGGAAGCCGAACGAUAUCUGAAGGUGAUCCGUGGCAUCAAGGAGGACAACCACCCGGAGAUCAAGGCCGAGCUGAAGGCCCUCGAGGAGAACAUUGCCCGAUUCCGUUCGUCCGAGUCGAAAAAGACCUCCAAGAUGGUGCAGCUGAAGAAACCCGAGGUCUACAAGCCGCUUACCAUCAUGUGCACUUUCUUCGUGUUCCAGCAGUUCUCCGGCAUCUUCGUGAUCAUUGUGUACGCGGCCAGCUUCUCCAUCGAAGCCGGUGUCGCUAUCGAUCCAUUCCUCAGCGCGGUACUGGUUGGGUUUACGCGUGUCGUUACCACUCUGCUAAUGGCAUUCAUAUCGGACAAGUUCGGUCGUCGGCCACCGGCCCUGUUUUCCGGCUUCGGUAUGGCCUGCUGUAUGUUUGGUUUGGCUGCGUGUGCCAUCUUCCCGGUGGCCGAUACGGAACUGAACUGGAUACCGACCGCGCUGCUGGUGACGUUCAUCUUCACCGCCACACUCGGCUUCCUCACGCUACCGUUUUCGAUGAACGCCGAAGUUUACCCCACGAAGGUGCGCGGAUUCGCCUCCGGACUGACCAUCUUCUUCGGCUACACGAUGUCCUUUAUCAUACUGAAGGUUUACCCCACGAUGGUCAGCAUGCUUGGAAGUGAAAAUGUGUUCCUGUUCUUCGGCGUCGUUUCGUUGAUCGGUAUCCUUUUUGUGUACUUCUUUCUGCCCGAAACGAAGGGCCGCACUCUGCAGGACAUUGAGGAAUACUUCCGGGGAGACAAAUGUACAGACGCGACCAAGCAGGAUACCAAAGCGUGACCAUAAGGACGGUCGUGUAUUGGGUAAGCGUAAGCUACGAUUCUGUGAUAGAGUGGGUUUAGCGUACGAUACCACGUUGAAGUUUUACCAAUUGACAUUUUUUAACUGUAGGCAGUUUGAA